ACCAUUUUAAAAAAUUUCGACAUAACACCUUAGAUUCACAGGAAUGCUGGGAGAUGACUUCUAACUCAUACCAUGAAUAAGUUAUUUUCAGUUAGUCAGUCUGAGAAAGAUAUUGUUCAUUGUAUGUUUUAUGUGACCUCAAACGCAAUUCUCCGGGUAAUUAAAAAACCCCGGCUGACCUUGGAAGUUGAACGUUUGUUUUGGCAUGGUUGCGACUAUUGUCCUGUUUAACUGAGGCGAUAAACAAGAUUUCAUAUGGAUAAUAUACUGUGGAUAUUCCUUGCAAUUUACCUUAUUAUUUGCAAUCACCAAUGAAUGUGUUCCACUCACCUAAUUCUGCCCACAACUCCAAACAUAUCCUACCAACAACUUCUGAUGUACCGUUAAAUGGUACGGAUACCUUUAUUUCAGACAAUUCCCAAACUAUCAUGACACGACUAAAUAACUCCACUGACUCACAUGCCAAUAGUUCUUCAUCUGUGCCUUUCUGUAAUUCUCCGACUGAAUUGUUUAUUAAUGUGUCCUCAUCUUGUCCACCACGUCUAACUACAACUACUAAGAAAACAAUGUAUGUCCGGGCUCUUUUUGAUUAUGAUCCCAAUAUGGAUACUGGUUUGCCAGGUCGGGGUUUACCGUUUCAACAUGGGGAUAUUUUACACGUUGUUAAUGCUAGUGAUCGUGAAUGGUGGCAAGCUAAACGAAUUUCUUUAGUAUCCGAUUUUGAAAAUGCUGUUCAUGUAAAUUCGAUGCAUUCAACAACAGAUAAUACUAUUAAUAGUAAUACACAAACAUCUACAUUACUUUCAUCUACUACCGGACUUGGAAUAGUUCCUAGUUGUCAACGUAUCGAAAGACGUCAGAGAACACGAUUAAAACGUGUGAAUUUUGUUGGUAAAGUCACUGUGAUUGGUUCAACAUCUUAUCCGCAUACUACUAGUAUUAACAACACCAAAGACAGUAACACAUCAUCAUGUGUUUCGAAUUCAGGAAUAAUGAAUCAAUCCCCCUGGGAUAUUGGUAACAAUGAUUUUACUACAAAUAAUAACAAUAAUUGUGCUACAACUACUACUUAUAAUAAUAAUAUAUCUGUGGAUGCUGGUAUCAGUUCGAAUAGCAGUGAAACGUUAAGAAAUAAUUCUCUUGAUAUGAAUAUAAGAAAUAAUACACCUAUGGAUAUGCCUAUUGUAUCUAAUUCAACUGGUACUGAUACCAAGAAGAAGAGAUCUGGUAGUUUAACAAGAAAUCUACUAAAGUGCUUCUCUCAUCGAUCCAUUAAAAACGAUCCAAUUGGCGCAUUGACUGUUACACGAACUGGAUCUUUGGAUGGAGUUAAUCAGAACAGACACCCUAUAAUCCGAAGUUAUGAUCUUGUAGUUCCAGUCACUAUUUCUAUGGCACGUCCUUUAAUAUUUUUCGGUCCAUUGAAGGAUCGCAUUAUUGAUGAAUUAUUAUUGCAUGAUUCACAAUUUACAACAUGUGUAUUACACACAAAUAGACCACAACGGUCAAAUGAACGUAAUGGUGUUGAUUAUUAUUUUGUACCAUCGAAAUCAAUUAUGGAAGAAGAUAUUAAACAAGGCAAAUAUAUUGAAGUUAAUCGUUUUCAAGAUCAUUACUAUGGUACAAGUUUAGAAUCGAUUCGAUCGAUUCUUCAGUCAGGACGAAUAUGCAUUUUAGAUGUUGGCUUAGAUGCUGCUAAAUAUUUAGAAGAGGUCGGUUUAUUUCCUAUAACUAUUCUAUUGAAACCAAAAUCGGUCAUACAUUUACGUUCAUUACAACGUCGAUUAACAGAAGAUCAAGCUAAACGAUCAAUGGAACAAAUACACAAUAUUGAAGAUGAGAAUUGGCGUUUUCUUUCAGCAAUUAUAACCUAUGAAAAUUUUGACAAUGUAUUAUUAUCUGUUAAAAAUUAUGUUCAAUUACAUAGUGGUCCAGUGAUUUGGGUACCUUCAGCAUUAUCUACCUUACCCGGUGUUCAAUGUUUAACAAGUACACCUAAGAUCAAUUAUCAUUCAAUUGUAAGUGAUCCAAUUAAUCAUCCUCAACAUAAUGUUAAUAAUAUUACUACUAACACUACAACUAAUGAUAAUAAUAAUAUUAGUGCCUUACAAUCAUUAUCUAUUCAAUCUGUAAAUUCAACACAAUAAGACUCCUGAUCAUCAUUGAAACAAUCCAUCAUGUAAACAAGAUUUGAUAAUUGAAAACAAAACAAAAAAAGAGGUUUCAGUGAAUGAAUUUUAUUCAGAAUAUAAAAACAAACUGAAUUGAUUUACAUGGAAUAAAUUGUUUUCAAGAUCGUUUCUUUUAUUUAUUUAUUAAAUGAUCUCUAAUUGUUUAUUUACUUCUCUGUCUAUUGUAUACAUUACAAUUUAUUUUAUUUUUUAAAAAGAACUUAUCCAUAUGUAUGUUACAUUGUUUAUAAUUCAUUUGACUUUUUACUACAUGUUUCUUCUUACUAUUUACUUACCGUAUAUAUUCUAUAUGUAUAUUCAUCGUUAUUCUGUACUCAUUUGUAUUGGCUAUCAUACUGUCUCUUGAAUGUGUCAUUAGUUUGUUUCUAUGAUUCUAUUCAUCUUUACUUUGCAUUUUCUUGGUCACUUUCUAUCGGUUUAGUUAUUCAUUUAAACAUAUACAUGUGUCUGUUGUAGAAUUUAUAUAUAUGGUUUAAUUUUUUUUUGUUAUAAGCUAUUGAACACUGCUAGUUUUAAUGAUCAAGAUGUUAACAUUUCAAUCAAGAAUUUUCGGGUUCAAAUCUGUCCCUACCUAUUUCUGUUUAAACUGAGGGAUAACAACACAAUAGUCUUUACAGAUAAACAAUACUGUUCAAAGGCGAGUAUACAGAUCAUAUUGAACAUUCUUGUUCUACUGUCUUCUACGAUAUACUUUUAUGUACUAUGUAUCUCUUACUUCAUCAUCAUCAUUAUCAUCAUCAUCAUCAUCAUCAUCAUCAUCAUCAUCAUCAUCAUCAUCAUCAUCAUCAUCAUCAUCAUCAUCAUCAUCAAUAAUCUUAUUGAAAGAGAAUGUUUAGUUUUUAAUUUAUCAAAUAGUAAUUGAUUGUUUCUUUUUAAACGAAUUGUACCAAAAAAAAACAUUCCUCUUAUUUUAUAAUUCUUUCCGUGGUAGAAAUGAUGAGAAUGAUCUAUCAUGAUGAUAUCCAUCUGAAUCUUUCUUUUUUUACUCAUAUGAAACAACGGUAUCAACAUCCUUAGCAUCAACAACAACGUUCAUGAUAACGAUGAUCUCUGAGGAUAUCAUAUUUCCCAAAAACACUAUAAACAAAUUGUUAAUGUUAUAUUUAAUAAAUAAUGUGAAUAAUAUUGUAGAUUUGUGUUUGUGUUUUAUUUUUCUGCUUUAUGAAAUCUGCUUAUUGCUAUGUGUGAAUGAUAAUGAUAUAUAUAUUCUUUAUAUUCAAUAUUGAUGAUAACUGAAAUGAUUUUCAUUAAGUGUACGUCGAUGAGUGAUGUUUGAGUAGUGACAUAUAUAUGUACAAUUACAUGUGUUCAUACGAAUUAGAAAGAAUGUAUCUUGAUACAUGAAUUCACAUUAAAAUAGAGAGAGAGAGGGGGGGUGAAGCAAGAAAGAAUUCUUUUUCAUAAUUUACUUCACUUGACUUUGAUUAGUAAACUUCACAUCCCAGUGUAAUAAUGUUGGAAAAAGAAUCUUUUCAUAGUAUUUUAAUGUUUGAUGUUCUGUUUUUAUUGUGAAAUAAAAUAUAUAUAACUUAAUUCAUUGUCAAUCUAUAUGAAUAUUUAUCUAUGAAUUGAAUAUAUAUUUAUAUCUCCCCCUUUCUGUGUUUAUGUAGUGUCAACGAUUAAUUUGUACAUAGGACAUAAUGAUACAGUGUAUAUUUUUAUAUUAUAAAGUGUUAGAAUCUUGCUUGUAUAUGUGUGAAUGUAUUUUUCUUUUUUUUAAAAGACAAUUCUUGCCUCUCUAUUUUAAUUGCAUAGCAACUACCUCUUUUUUAUGUAUGAACAAUAAAAGUAGUUUUCUAAUGGUUCACAAUUUGUAAAUAAUCAUGAACUUUUUAACAGGUAUUAGUAUUAACAUUAAAUUCCUGUUAUUACUGUUUAUGAAAUUGAAUCAAAUCAUUUACAUUGUUCAAUGCAUAUCAUAUUUUAAUGUCUUUAUAGAGAUGAUCAAAUUUACAUUGGAUCAUUUAAUCUGAUCAUAUACAUAUAUGUACUUAUAUGCUUGCGUUAAAGUAUGUAUACACAAACUCAUGUAUACAUUCACUUAUACGUAUACCCUUCUCUGAUUCAGUAGUCGGUCAUUUAAAAAAAAAUUAGUGUUGUAGUGAUGCUCUGCUAUUGUUAAUCAUAAUAAUAAGGAUGAUCAUAGUAUCUUUUUCAGAGUUGAGAAAUCAAAAUGAUCUAAUAAAAUUGUAUACAUUAUUUAUUUUAUACGUGUAUUCAGCUUACUACCGCGUCUUCUUUUUUCUUCUUUUAAAUUCUGUUAUCCUAUUUAAAUGAUUAUGUGAAUGUGUGUUUUUGAAUAUAAACCAUGGGGUACCUACUUAAGAACACACACCAACUGCUGACUUGUAAUGAAUUUAUCUAACUGUGCUGGUGAAAUUUUUUCUUGUGAAAUAGAAAAAAAAAACAUAUUCAUAGUGAAAUUGAUAAUCUUUCCCUGUUUUGGUUGUCUGUUUAACGUUGAACAUCUUUGUUUAUGUAAUGGUAUAUAUAUAUAUACGUGUGCGUGUAUACAUUAAAUGGCAUACAAGCAUAAAGGAACAACUGUGGUAGUGUACCAUGUCAGCUUUACUCUCUUUUUAGAUACCAGAAAUGGUAUUUCAUUUUGUUUGUUUUCUUUUUAGCUUUUACUGUUCGUAAUAUUAUUACUGUUUGUUUCUCUUGUCUACUUGAAUUAGUAGACAAGCAUUAUGUAUGCGUACAUGUAUUUGGAAAUUUUUUUUCUUGUUUACAAUAAAUACAAUGCUAUUGAAAGAAUUAAUCUGAAUUUUUAUGUAUUUUGUUCAUGAGUGAAUGUGAAAGGUUUUUUUUUCUCGUUAUAAAUUAUUGUUUAUGAAAGAAUUUUGGCAAAGCUGAGUGUUGAAUGAUUUAUUUAUGAGAAUUUCAUUGUCUAUUUAGAGAACAUUAUCAAUACAGACUUAUAACAAGUGAUCAUCAACAGUUUGUUUGUUUGUUGUUAUAAAUUACCCUCUUAUCAUCUGAAUAGAUAUUUUGAUCAUUUUCCACUUUACUAUUGAUUGUUAGGUGUAUAGCUGUGCACGAUUUCUCCAAUUG